UGAAACGUCAAAUCGGUCACACCCCGACCGUACGCCCCUGUGGUUGCUGGUAUAGCCAGCUGUCCCGACGCGGCUGUGAUCGCCACAGACGACUGCAUCAUUGUGUCUGUGGAUUCAACGCUGGACCCGUCACACUGUCCGUCGCGUUCGAGUUUCGAUGUCAUUGGGCCUGCAAAUCCCCGACAAUAAAUUGUCGCCAUCAACUCCUCCUCCGUGGGCUCACCGGGCAAAUCAAAGCAUCCACUACUGCAAAGAGCACUUCACGCGCCAUCUUGCACGUCUCCACGAUCAGUCGCCGCUGUCGUGGCACUAUCACGCGUUCAUGCUGCACCCGCUUAGUCGGUUUCGCCGAUUCUGGGACACCGUGCUGGCGUUUGCCGUCAUUUACGAGUGCUGGCUCAUUCCGUUCACGCUGGCCAUGACGUGGUGGACGCCUUCCCAUCCCGUGGAGGGGCUCCACAUUUCGCUCGACAUCUUCUUCGUCGUGGACCUCCUCCUCAACUUUCGCACGGCGGUCGUCGUGUACGGCGAACUGGUCCAAGAGCCCCGCGACGUCGCCAAGAUUUACGUCAAGUCGUGGUUCGUCGUGGACUUCAUCUCCGUCUUUCCCACGGACGUGGUCGUGGCGGCCCUCUUCCCAGACAACAGCCUCUCCAGCACCAGCACCCGAGGCGUCAAAAUGCUCAAAUAUGUCAAGUUGCCCAAGCUGCUUCGCCUCUCGCAGCUGGUGCGCCGCUUCCGCCGCUUUCAACGCUACGAAGGGUCGCUCACGAUUCUUUGCGCGUUUGUGUUUGUGCUGCACAUUGCAGCGUGCAUCUGGAUUGCCGUGGUGAGCCCGUGCGACGAGCCCUUGUCGAGGGACUUGGCGGCUGGCUUUUGUAAUCCCAACGCUGUGUUUGAUGUGUACUCCCUGGGCGUGUAUUACACCGUCGUGAUGAUGACUUCCAUGUCCCUUGACGUUGUGUUUGAAAGCGACAACCCCCUCUGCGGGCGUUACCGCGAGUCCUCCAACUCGACCGCCGUGAUAGUUCCAGCUGCGACUGACCCGCUUCCGUCUGCCCUCCUGGCCCUGAGCACGGGAUACGCCAUCGUGGGGGUGAUUUUGAAUUCCGUCGUGAUCGGCAGCUCCGUGUUUGUUGUUGAGAGCUGGAAUCGUGCGGGGUACCAAUUCCGCAAGCGCAUCGACAUGAUCAACCAUGAAAUGGAGUUUCUCCAGCUGCCAGAGUACCUUCGUAUGCGUAUUAAAGCGUACCAUCAGUACUUGUGGACCCACCAAGGCAGCGCCACGGAGAAGGUGACGCUGCUGCAGGACAAGGGCAUGUCGGAGCCCCUUCGCAAGGAGAUUGCCGUGUUCAUGUACAGAGACAUGCUGUCCAAGAUUCCGCUCUUCGAGACCGCGUCAGACCAACUGCUUGGGUUUGUGUGCCUCUGCCUCACCACCGUGAUCUUUCUCCCCCAAGACAAGAUCAUCACCCGCGGCGAAGUGGGCAAGGACUUGUUCAUUGUCGCCCGGGGGUGCGUGAUUGUGCUAGCCGGCGACGUCGUGGACGACAGCACGAUCACCAAGCUGACUUUGAAACAGAAACAGCAGCAAAGCAACAUUUCGAUCGUGCCUCCAAUCACGCGGCUGUCGUCCGUCACCGCGUCGUCCAAGGUCGUCAGUGCAAGUUCCUCCAAAUACGCCCAAGGCAACGAUGGACAUGGGGGGGACGUGGUGCUGCUGGAAGGAUCGUUCUUUGGCGAGAUGGGGUUGCUCAUGGAAGUCGAGCGCACGCGGACGGUCGUUGCCGGGUCCAUCUGCGAGCUCGGGGUGCUCUCGAAGAAGGACUUCACGCUCGUAAUGAAGCAAUUCCCGUCCUUCGCCAACGAAAUCAAGCGACUCGUGGCCGAGCGCAGCCACGACCCCCUCACGCGGCGAGACACCCCCACGAAUCCCAGCGGCAAGCGAUCCAUGUCCCGAGUCAAGCUGACCUCACUCAAAGCCAACUCGGCACCUCCGCCGCUUCGCCGGCGCUCCACGCUGGCCGCCCUGCUAAAUCAGCACUCGUACUCGAGGAAGCAGUCGGCUACCACCACCAGAGCCCGCUCAACCCGGACCAUUCGCUCGACAUCAUCCCGCUUCGCCACAUCAUUUCCAGACUUGCUACACGGUACUAGUGCAACUUCGGAACACCUGCAUCGAUUGGACGCCAAGCUCGACCGCAUGGAGAAACUGCUGCAAGAGUUGCUAGCCAGACCACCAACGACCGACACGGCUUUUAGUUAGGUAACAAAUGAACACACUAUUCACACCGCCCAGAGCACACCAACCAGA